GGACAGUGGCCGGGGAGGGCGGCGGGGUGCGAGCACGGGAGCGGCGGCGGACCGCCUGGGCUUCCGCAGUUUAGGGCGCCCCGGGAGAGUUCAAGUCGGGGCUCUGCCCCAUCCGGACUCAACUGCCUCCCCUCUCCCGGGUUCCUUCUCAGUCUCGGGAAAUCUUCCGAGCACCCCAACCCCCAACAACUGCUACCCAAAUUUAUAAUCCUAAUAACCUGAUCUCCCGCUCCUCCCCGCCAGCCUCCGCCCUUGCUCCCCCACCCCACCCCUUCUCUUUCUCCCAUCUCCUCCGCUUCAACUGGAGGGAAACCCGGCACUGGCGAGCAGGGCUGUCAGCCUGGGGCGGAGAGGGGGAAAGCUAGGCGACGAUCCCUGGGAUUUUUGUCUGCCUUUGGCGCAGAAAAACUCGGCUGCUUUUACUGAGCGCAGAGCCGAUUGCAUCCCCAGGCAUCUCGUUCCACAAAUAAACGUCACCCGGGGAACUCAGACGGACACCCCUCCUUGCCCCCUGGCUCCCCCGCCCCUUGUCCGCUGGGGAGGCUGCAUGGUGCGGAGGCGGCGGUCGCGGUGGCGGAGGCAAUCUGUGGGUGACUGUGUCUGCGAGAGACUUUGCCACACCAUUCUGCCGGAAUUUGGAGAAAAAGAACCAGCCGCUUCCAGUCCCCUCCCCCUCCGCCACCAUUUCGGACACCCUGCACACUCUCGUUUUGGGGUACCCUGUGACUUCCAGGCAGCACACGAGGUCCACUGGCCCCAGCUCGGGCGACCACCUGUCUCGGACGUGUUGACUCAUCUCCCAUGACCCUGCGGUGCCUGGAGCCCUCCGGGAAUGGAGCGGACAGGACGCGGAGCCAGUGGGGGACCGCGGGGUUGCCGGAGGAACAGUCCCCCGAGGCGGCGCGUCUGGCGAAAGCCCUGCGUGAGCUCAGUCAAACAGGAUGGUACUGGGGAAGUAUGACUGUUAAUGAAGCCAAAGAGAAAUUAAAAGAGGCUCCAGAAGGAACUUUCUUGAUUAGAGAUAGUUCGCAUUCAGACUACCUGCUAACUAUAUCCGUGAAGACGUCAGCUGGACCGACUAACCUGCGGAUUGAGUAUCAAGAUGGGAAAUUCAGAUUGGAUUCUAUCAUAUGCGUCAAGUCCAAGCUUAAACAGUUUGACAGUGUGGUUCAUCUGAUUGACUACUAUGUCCAGAUGUGCAAGGAUAAACGGACAGGCCCAGAAGCCCCACGGAAUGGGACUGUUCACCUGUACCUGACCAAACCUCUGUAUACAUCAGCACCGACUCUGCAGCAUUUCUGUCGACUCGCCAUUAACAAAUGUACCGGUACGAUCUGGGGACUGCCUUUACCAACAAGACUAAAAGAUUACUUGGAAGAAUAUAAAUUCCAGGUAUAAGUAUUUCUCUCUCUCUUUUUAAAAAAAAAACAAACAAAAACACAUGCCUCAUAUAGACUAUCUCCGAAUGCAGCUAUGUGAAAGAGAACCCAGAGGCCCUCCUCUGGAUAACUGCGCAGAAUUCUCUCUUAAGGACAGUUGGGCUCAGUCUAACUUAAAGGUGUGAAGAUGUAGCUAGGUAUUUUAAAGUUCCCCUUAGGUAGUCUUAGCUGAAUGAUGCUUUCUUUCCUAUGGCUGCUCAAGACCAAAUGGCCCUUUUAAAUGAAACAAAACAAAACAAAAACAAAAUGUCCCAAGGAAAGGCAAGAGAAUAUUCCUGUCAGAGUGACUUGCCUUUGUUUUCCGGGUUCCUAUGCACUGGGUCAAAAGUCCAAGCACCAUAGGAGAGAAAGAAAGGCUUCCAUCUCCAGGAGGACAGCUGGAGGAGGAAAAGACCCUGGCUGACCCGGGCUUCAGCUUCACUUCUAGACGCCUGGGGUUCAGUCUGUGUUAGAACCUGUUAUAGUUUGCAUCCUGAUAUAUCUAGUAGGAGUUCCGUUAAGCUGACCAUGCUUGUAUUUAUCCCUCGUCUUAUGCAACUAAUCAAAUCAACCAAAAAAAAGGAAAAAAAAAAAAAGAAAAAGAAACGAAAAAAGAACCGUCACCAUGAGACCCUGUAUUUGUCUUUUUUACUCCACGUAUGAACUCCCCCGUGAGUGAGUACUGUAGUACUCUGUCUCAAGGCAGCCUUACUUCAGACACAUUUCAAACUGGUGCAAACAGAAAAGACUUCUCUCUUUUCCUCUGAGGCUAAAGACAAGAAUGUCACGCUAUCCAGGUGCAACUCAAUCCUUGAAAACAGAAACCAAUGCAGACAGAGGCAUUUUACCCCUUGACCUAGCUGUGAGUCCCAACCUAGUGCCAUUGUUUUUUUAUUUUUAUUUUUAUUUUUGGAAAUGGCUUUAGAACUUUCCAAGUUAUCCUUGAAUUGUCUGACCACGGACAUCAACAGCUGCCUCCCUUCUACCAUGUAGAAUCCUAUGACUUAACUUUUCUUCCAGAUAUAGAGGGGUACCUGCCUGUUUUUCAAAGUGUUUAUUAUUUACUGCUGUUACUAUUUGAUUAGAAUGUAUCAAAUAAAAACAAACUUGACUUUUA